GUGGCGCCCUCUGCAGAACGACCUUUGCGUGCCACUUACAACCAGAAAAUCCCAUUUUCAUGUCGCAGUUUAGCCGUGUCCAUACUUCUACGUUACAGUCUCCAUUCCCAUUACAUUAAUUCGUCUUCGAAACUAGUAUUUCAGUUUCGUCGCACCCCCACACUCAAACCCGUCUAGUGAGUUUCACCCCUUCCGUUGGCACCACUCCCUCCGACGCAGGCGUUCUGUCAUUUCUCAUUCCUUGUUUAGAAAGAUGGCAGACAACAAGUUGUACGACGUCCUCGGAGUGAGCCGAAACGCUUCAGACGGCGAAAUUAAAAAGAGCUACCGGCGCCUGGCCAAAGAAUUCCACCCCGACAAGAACCCCGAGGCCGGGGACAAGUUCAAGGAGAUCUCGUACGCGUACGAGGUCCUCUCCGACCCCAAGAAGCGCCAGGUCUACGACAAGUAUGGCCUCAAAGGCAUGCAGCAAGGGGCGCAGGACGGCUUCGCGGGCGACAGCCUGUUCUCGCACCUGUUCGGCGGCGGGCUGUUCGGGGGCUUCGGCGGUUUCGGGGGGCCGCACCGGCGGCGGCACAAGGGCGAGGACACGGUGCACCCGCUCAAGGUGUCCCUCGAGGACCUGUACAACGGGAAGACGUCCAAGCUGCAGCUGAGUAAGAAUGUGAUCUGCGGCGCGUGCAAGGGCAAGGGCGGUCGCAGCGAGAACUUCGAGCAGUGUCCCGGGUGCAAGGGCAGGGGGUUCAAAGUGGUGUAUCACCAGAUUGCUCCGGGGAUGGCGCAGCAGAUCCAGUCAGAGUGUACGGACUGUCUAGGGGACGGAAUCCUGAUCAAGGAGAAGGAUAGGUGUACGACGUGCAGGGGCAAGAAGGUCUGCAACGAAACGAAAAUCCUCGAGGUCCACAUCGACAAAGGCAUGAAGGACGGCCAGAAGAUCUUCUUCCGCGGCGAGGGCGACCAGCAGCCCGACAUCGAGCCCGGCGACGUCAUCAUAAUACUCCAAGAGAAGCGCCACGAGGUAUACCAGCGCAGCGGCGACGACUUACUCCUCACCCGCACCAUCAGCCUCACCGAGGCCCUCUGCGGCUUCAACUUCAUCCUGAAGCAGCUCGACGGGCGCGACCUCCUCGUCAAGCACCCCCCCGGCGAGGUGGUGAAGCCGGGCGACCUCAAGGCCGUCAUGGGCGAGGGCAUGCCCCUGUACAAGAACCCCUUCGAGAAGGGCAACCUCUACAUCACGUUCGAGAUCACAUUCCCCGAGAACAACUUCGCCGACGAGGAGGCGCUCAGAGGGCUGGAGGGCAUGCUGCCGCCGCGGCCGGCCUUCGUCCUGCCGGAGGGCGACAACGUGGAGGAGGUGGAGCUGCACCAGUUCGACGCGGCGAGCGACAAGGGGGCGCACGGGAGCAGGGAGGCGUACGCGAGCGACGACGAGGACCACAUGCACGGGCCGGGCAUCCAGUGCGCACACCAGUAGGCGGCGGCGGGGGCGGUUGCUCUGCUGCUUUCUAAAUAAGGAUUUACAUUUGUAGAUGAAUUAUCCGUUAAAAAUCCUUUUCUUUGUCGUCUGUAUAUUUUUUAUUUAUUGAAGUUUUUUUUUUUAUUUUUAUUUUUGCGUUGGCGCAGUCGGUCGGAUUUUUGUGAUCGGCGGUAUUAAACUGGCAGUGAUUCUUGGUCGGAGUUUUGUGAUUCGGUUGCAAAACGGGGAGGGGGCGACGAGGUCGCGCUGUCUUGUCUAGGGCUUAGACACUCGGGUCUACACGAGAUUUAUUAUUAAUUGUGGCGCAAUUCUCGGAAUGAAUCCUUUUCACAAAUUCGCUUACGAAGUUCGAUUUUGAUUUUUUUUUUCUAGAAAUUACCGAAAUUUUUAUGUACACUACACUUAACAGAGUACAGACUGUUAACAUUUGUACAUGUAUUAAUGAAAAUGUUAAUAAAUAAUUAUGUAACUCCUCUUAAAA